AGUCCAGUCUAAAUUCGCAGUAUUUAACACCAAUAAGGAAAAUUAAAAUAUUUAAAAUGCUUCAACGCACCGGAAAUUUGGUUCUCGUCACAUUCGGCAGGCGCAAUUGUUACUCGAAGAUGAAAGCGAUAAAUCCAAGUAAAUUAAUGAAAAAACCCAUCAUCUCGACGAUUGCGAAAAAGGGACAGAAGUCUCAGUCAACCAAGAUUGCUGUGCCAUACUCCGCGAAUCGUGAAUUAAACUUGGAUCUAUUGAAGCCAGAGACUGUGGACGUCAAUAACAAUGGGUUCCCCUCAAUUUUGGACAGAAGGAUCACUCAGAUUGAAUUACACCUGGGUGAUCCGGAUUGCGGUGAGGGUGGGCCCAACAGGCCCACGAGAGGUCCCUGCGAUCCCCCCGAGGGCCCAUGCAAACCCAUGAGGAAACCCGGCUAUCCACCCAAGCCGCGAGCCAGUAGGGAGCCAUUCUGCGUCAAGUGCCCACCAAAGAGACCGUGCAAUUUGAACAAAUGCCCGACCGAGACUGAGGAGGAGCUGUAGACUCGGAGGCAUUCAUCCUAGAAAUUAUGGUACACUCAAAAGACCGAGGAUCAUUGGGGAUUUAAGGAGGCCAUCUGAGGCGCCAGUGCGAUAUCAAUCGGCAAAAGGAUGCAAUUCACCACCGGAACCGCCAAAAUGUACCGAGAAUAAACCGAAACCUGUGGAGACCUGUCAAAACAAGGAGACAAAGCCCCCUUCGUCGUGCAAGCCACCGGAUCCACCGGUCAAGGUUGUUUACCAAAAAUGUCCGCCAUGCCCGAAGCUACCGAAAAUGCCAGAGUGCGUUCCGCCGACUCCCACGUGCGAGAUCAAAUGUCCGCCACUGCCGCAAUGCCCGAAAUGCCCGCCAUGUCCGUCCGCCAAAGAUCCACCGUGUUCGUCCGCCAAAGAUCCGCCGUGUUCGUCCGCCAAAAAUCCGCCGUGUUCGUCCGCCAAAGAUCCGCCGAGCAAAGGAUCAUCCUGCGGAUCGAAAGGAAAAUCUGCAAAGGGCCUCUGGAAUAAAUUGACGGGGUUCAUGAAAAAACGGAAAAUGUCGACUGCCAGCGGCUCCGACGACUGGCGGGCGCGGAAAUGUCAAACAGUAACCGAUAUCUGCGCUGACAGAUCGAAUGAGAAAAAGUCAGCUCCGCCAUGCCCCAAAAACAGAAGAACCACUUGUUACCCCGAAGUAGUCAAGUGUCCGGAGCUGGAGAAGGCCCCGGUGAAGAAGCCAGAGCCAUCAAUUGACGAAAAAAUCGAUUACUCAAAGAUCACCUGCCCCCCGCCCAAGUUCGAAAAGCCGGAGGCCUGUCCGUCUCCGAGAAUUAAUUCAGAAGUAAAGUCUACGGCUGAGGAGGAUAAUUCUUUAUUAAUGGGACUUCCGGGACCUCCUUCAGAACCUGUUACCCUCUGUCCCUGCCCUCCACCUGCUAAACUCCAUCCAGGUGCUUGUCCCUGUGCUCCAGAAGUGAAUGAUAAUCUCAAGAAAACAACACCCACUGAACCCUGCCCCCUGAAACCCCUCUAUCCGUGCCCGGAAAAACGAGUGUUUCACUGUCCAAUACAGCCAUCUGCAUCUUCGCAACGGAAAAAUUUGCAGAAAUGAAUACAAAAUUAUUGAGAUGAAA